ACCGAGAGUGGUCCGGCUCGGGUGGUUUCCUGGGCAGUCAAUCAAGAACCGAAAAAGUGCUGUCCUAUUUCGGGAACGGGUAGCUAGGUUGGAGAACAGCUUAGCUCAGACUCAGUCAUGGAUGGAUACGCGGGAGGCAUCCGCUCGGGCUCGGCGAUGGGGCGCAGCUUGUAGUUAUCUUGGUCGAGCAGCGCGUUGUUGAAGGUGAAACAGCGCGUCCCACUGGUGCCAGGCGGUGGAUUUUAGCUUUGUUUCUGUUUCUGGCGCCGCCCUCUGGCGAUCGGGACGUGGCUCGUGCCCGACUGCCUGCCGCUGUUUGGACAUGGCAGGGGUUGUGGUGUGGCGGCUAACGGCCACACGGGAGACCCGCUUCUGUCAGGCGGCUGCAGCGUCUGAGAGCGCCACAUCCAAUCACCCCCACGUCGCCGUUGCUUCUCGAGACGACGCUACGUUUGGAGCCGGAGCCGAGAUGCCAACAGCAAAUCGCCUGGGUCUUGGCAUUGCGACACCGUUCGCUUUCGUUCUCUGAGAAGUUCCUGCUGAUUUGGGCAAUCGACGGCUUUCAGAGCACACCCAGUCACUCGCGGCAAGAGUCUGGUAGCUGGCGGCUGGUAGCUGGCGGCUGGCAGCUGG